UACAGUUGUUUACGGGCUUCAUACAAAACGGACCGAUUUCCUUUACCCACAAUUCUCGGCCUUCGGUCUGUCCUUCCGACUUCCGUCACAUUUACGAGUCGAUAUGGCCCCAACUAAGAAAGGAGAGAAGAAGAAGGGGCGUUCAGCCAUCAACGAGGUGGUGACCAGAGAGUACACCAUCAAUAUCCACAAGCGCAUCCAUGGAAUUGGUUUCAAGAGGAGAGCUCCCCGCGCCAUUAAGGAGAUCCGCAAGUUUGCCGUGAAGGAAAUGGGGACUCCCGAUGUGCGCAUUGACACUCGCCUCAACAAGGCAGUGUGGAGCAAGGGUGUCAGGAACGUGCCGUACAGGAUACGUGUGCGGCUGUCCAGGAAGCGUAAUGAAGACGAGGACUCCCCCAACAAGCUGUACACCCUGGUCACAUAUGUUCCUGUCACCACAUGCAAAGGUCUGCAGACAGUCAAUGUUGAUGAAAACUAAAUUUGUCCCCUCUGCGAGUGGAAUAAAUGUAAUAAAAGAAA